CGUGUGCCGGGGUCUGAUCGAAAACGAGGCCGCCGUAAGCAUCUACGACUCGAAGGUGACCUAGGAGCAGGUGCGGCGCGACCUCGCCAUGGACAAGUUUGACUGGGACCACCCGCGCCACCUGCAGCCGGUGGGCGAGCCCGCCGGGCAGCCCGUUGCCGUCACGUCGGACGCGUACGAGGCCGCCCGCGUCUCGCACGCCGUCUGCAUCCUGAUCGAGUGGGAGGAGUUCACGAGCCUCGGCUACAGGCGUGUGCAUGAUGUCAUGCAGAAGCCGGCUUAUGUCUUGGACAGCCGCAACAUCCUUGACCUGGAGAAGCUCGAAGACAUCGGAUUCAUCUUCUACGCCAUUGGCAAGCUGCUUGACCAGUGACUCAAGGACAUGCCAACCGUUGCCUCUGAGGCGAUGCACAAGUGUUGGCCGCGCGUCCGCGAUCGUUCUUCCUAAUUAAUCACAACACAAAGCAUUGUUAAAUUUUAAGAGAAUUCAUAUACUCUGUAUUAUAAAAACCGCAAAUUUCACAUA